AAGCAUUUCCUUCCAUUGUCAUCCUACCCGGCCGGCCGGGCUGCCAGGGCCCUCCCCCUCCCGGCCCCCUCCCUUCCUCUCGCCGUCUCUCAGUCGCUCUGCAGCCUCCGGCGACUGGGGGGAUGUGAGGCCGGCGCCCCAGCCCCCCGCCCCGCCAUGAGCCCCCCGCUCUGAGGGCCCCGGCCCCUGGAUGCACAGCCCCAGCGCCGAUGGGACCCAGGUGAGUCUGGGUGCCCGCUGUCCCAGCCCCCUUGGCACAGGCUGUCCCAAACCCCGUGCAGACACGCCAGGCCCUCAGCCCCAGCCCAUGGACCUGCGGGUAGGCCAGCGGCCCACGGUGGAGCCCCCACCAGAGCCCACGCUGCUGGCCCUGCAGCGUCCCCAGCGCCUGCACCGUCACCUCUUCCUGGCAGGCCUGCAGCAGCAUCACUCGGCAGAGCCCAUGAGGCUCUCCAUGGACACGCCAAUGACCGAGUUGCAGGGUGGGCAGCAGGAUCAAGAGCUGCGGCAGCUUCUCAACAAGGACAAAAGCAAGCGAAGUGCCGUAGCCAGCAGUGUAGUCAAGCAGAAGCUGGCGGAGGUGAUUCUGAAGAAGCAGCAGGCAGCCCUAGAGAGAACAGGCCACCCCAGUAGCCCCAGCAUCCCCUACAGAACUCUCGAGCCCUUGGAGACAGAAGGAGCCGCCUGCUCCAUGCUCAGCAGCUUCCUGCCUCCUGUGCCCAGCCUGCCCAGUGACCCCCCGGAGCACUUCCCCCUGCGCAAGACAGUCUCUGAGCCCAACCUGAAACUGCGCUACAAGCCCAAGAAGUCCCUGGAGCGCAGGAAGAACCCGCUGCUUAGGAAGGAGAGUGCGCCACCCAGCCUCCGGCGGCGGCCCGCGGAAACCCUCGGAGACUCCUCCCCCAGUAGUAGCAGCACACCCGUGUCAGGGUGCAGCUCCCCCAAUGACAGCGAGCAUGGCCCUAACCCUGUCCUGGGCUCGGAGGCGCUCUUGGGCCAGCGGCUGCGGCUGCAGGAGAUUUCUCUGGCCCUGUUCGCCUUGCCGACAGUGUCCUUGCUGCCCGCAAUCACACUAGGGCUUCCUGCCCCUGCCAGGGUGAGUGGCUGGGGCGCCAACCCCCCCUGCAGGCCCCCCAGCUUCUUUCGCUCCCUUGUCCUACUGCCUCCCCCCAUCACCUCCACUGCUCUCUGCUGGUAUGUUCUCCCCCGUGACUUCUCCCCACUUCUCUCCCAGGCUGAUGGUGACCGCAGGACCCAUCCAACUCUGGGCCCUCGGGGGCCGGUCCUGGGGAGCCCCCAUGCUCCCCUCUUCCUGCCCCAUGGCCUGGAGGCUGAGGCUGGGGGCGCCUUGCCCUCCCGCCUGCAGCCCAUUCUCCUCCUGGACCCCUCAGUGUCUCAUGCCUCCCUGCUGACUGUGCCUGGGUUUGGGCACGUGCCCUUCCACUUUGCCCAGUCCUUACUGACCACUGAGCGGCUCUCCGGGUCAGGACUCCACCGGCCGCUGAGCCGGACUCGUUCAGAGCCCCUGCCCCCCAGUGCCACUGCCCCCCUACUGCUGGGCCCCCUGCAGCCCGGCCAGGAGCGGCUCAAACCUCACAUCCAGCUGAUCAAGCCAGGCGUCCCCCCUCCUCAGAGGCCAGCCAAGCCGAGUGAGAAGCCCCGACUGCGGCAAAUACCCUCGGCUGAGGACCUCGAGACAGAUGGGGGGGCAGCGGGGCAGCUACAGGACGAUGGCCUGGAGCACAGGGAGUUGAGCCACGCGCAGCCCGAAGCCAGAGGCCCUUUUCCUCUCCAGCAGCACCCGCAGGUGUUGCUCUGGGAGCAGCAGCGACUGGCCGGGCGGCUUCACCCGGGAAGCACCGGGGACCCUCUGCUGCUUCCCCUGGCUCAGGGUGGACACCGGCCCCUGUCCAGGACUCAGUCUUCCCCAGCCGCGUCUGCCUCGCUGUCCACCUCAGAGCCCACCAGCCAGGCCCGCGUCCUCUCCAGCUCAGAGACCCCUGCCGGGAUCCCGCGCUUCACCACAGGGCUGGUCUAUGACUCAGCGAUGCUGAAGCACCAGUGCUCCUGCGGGGACAACAGCAGGCAUCCGGAGCACGCCGGCCGCAUCCAGAGCAUCUGGUCCCGGCUGCAGGAGCGGGGGCUCCGGAGCCAGUGUGAGUGUGUCCGGGGCCGGAAGGCCAACCUGGAGGAGCUGCAGUUGGUCCACUCCGAGCGGCAUGUGCUCCUCUACGGCACCAACCCGCUCAGCCGCCUCAAACUGGACAACGGGAAGCUGGCAGGGCUCCUGGCACAGCGGAUGUUUGUGAUGCUGCCCUGUGGUGGGGUUGGGGUGGAUACUGACACCAUCUGGAACGAGCUGCAUUCCUCCAAUGCAGCCCGCUGGGCCGCCGGCAGUGUCACCGAACUCGCCUUCAAAGUGGCCUCCCGUGAGCUGAAGAACGGUUUUGCUGUGGUGCGGCCCCCAGGACACCAUGCAGAUCAUUCCACGGCCAUGGGCUUCUGCUUCUUCAACUCCGUGGCCAUCGCCUGCCGGCAGCUGCAACAACAGAGCAAGGCCAGCAAGAUCCUCAUUGUGGACUGGGACGUUCACCAUGGCAACGGCACCCAGCAGACCUUCUACCAAGACCCCAGUGUGCUCUACAUCUCCCUGCAUCGCCACGACGAUGGCAACUUCUUCCCAGGCAGCGGGGCUGUGGAUGAGGUAGGGGCUGGAAGCGGUGAGGGCUUCAACGUCAAUGUGGCCUGGGCUGGCGGUCUGGACCCCCCCAUGGGGGAUCCUGAGUACCUGGCCGCCUUCAGGACAGUUGUCAUGCCCAUCGCCCGAGAGUUCUCUCCAGACCUGGUCCUAGUGUCAGCUGGGUUUGACGCUGCCGAGGGACACCCAGCCCCGCUGGGUGGCUACCACGUUUCUGCCAAAUGUUUUGGGUACAUGACACAGCAGCUGAUGAACCUGGCAGGAGGCGCGGUGGUGCUGGCCUUGGAGGGCGGCCAUGACCUCACGGCCAUCUGUGACGCCUCUGAGGCCUGUGUGGCUGCUCUGCUGGGCAACAAGGUGGAUCCCCUUUCAGAAGAAGGCUGGAAACAGAAACCCAACCUCAAUGCCAUCCGAUCCUUGGAAGCCGUGAUCCGGGCGCACAGUAAAUACUGGGGCUGCAUGCAGCGCCUGGCCUCCUGUCCAGAAUCCUGGGUGCCCCGGGGGCCGGGGGCUGACGCAGAAGAAGUGGAGGCAGUGACGGCGCUGGCAUCCCUCUCUGUGGGCAUCCUGGCUGAAGACAGGCCCUCCGAGCAGCUGGUGGAGGAGGAAGAACCAAUGAAUCUCUAAGGCUUCGGAACCAUCUGUGCACCCACCCUACCCUUCGGACCUGGUUCUCUUCUAGUCUCUGGCAAUAGACCCCGUUCCUGGGUCUUCAGAGAUCCUGAGGGCAGGUGGUCUGGGCCAGAGAACAGCCUGCCUGCCUUGACAGUCACCCCAGGAAGCCUAAGAGGGCCCCUGGGUCUAGGACGGGGACCAGAGAGGACCCUGAGAGGAGUCUGGGCAGCCAGGCCCCAGCAGGGCGCUCUCAAGAACAGAUUCUACCCCUUUGGUGUCCGGGCUCCAGGCGGUGGCCCAUGUUCCUCAGGACUGCAUAGAGGAGGACUGGCUUGGUCGGGCCCACACUUAACCACUAUUUUUGGCUCUGCAGACCCCAGACUUUGCACACAGCCCCAGGCUCCACACAGAAAUGUGAACUUGGCCUCAGCCAGGGUGGCCCUUCCUAGGCUCUGUGGGCUGGAGGUAGGCAGGGGGCCAAGAGGUCCUGUAUCCCUGAGUGCAGCGGGGUCCCUCCUCUCACCUGCUUCCUCGGAUGACUCUGGAAGCUUCCCCUGAGAGCAGUUGUCAGACCUCCACCUGGUCCCUGCCCCGCCGGAGGCCACCCUGCACUGACCAUCUCAGUGCCCUGGUGGAGCAGAGAGGUGCUCUUGGAGUCCUGUGCUUCCUGAUCCAAUGGUGCCAAACCCUUCAUCUCCCCUCAGAAGCACAGCACGACCCCCAGGGACCCCCCCAGAUGCUGCCCCCUCCAUGAGCCUUGUUCUGGGGUCUGCCCCCCAGCUCCCACUCCUGUCUCACCUAGGACUAGCCUGGCUGUGGGGGAGGCGUGAGAGAGUGGACACAAGAUUUGGGGAGGGGAGGCCGCCCUGGCAAAGUCUUCAAGGCUUUUGGGGUCCAGGCCUGGGGCCAAGAAGGAAAGCGUUUGUGUGUGAGCGUGUGCGAGUGAGGAGUGUGCGUGUGCGUGUGUGUCUUCCCCAGGACCCACCAUACCCUGUGUAUGUAUGCAUGUUUUUGUAAAAAAGAAGGAAAAAAGGAAAAAAAAAAUGGAAAAAAAUCUGAAUAAAUGUUUUAUUUGCUUUAAAAGUGC